AGGCACGCCACAGAGGCAGCUGGAUUCUGUGGCAGCACUUCUGAACACCUGCACUCUGAUGCUGGAGACGUUUGAGGCUCUGGAUAAAUCAUGUCGGAAAAUUUACUUGAGGAAAUCUUCAUAAAAAGGUCGCAGCAGAAGAAGAAGACCUCCCCUUUAAACUACAAGGAGCGCUGGUUCAUUCUAACCCAGGAGAAAAUAUCCUACUACGACUAUGAUGUUGACAAAAUGAAACGAAAAGGAGUCAAGGGAUCCGUGGACAUUGAGAAGAUAAAGUGUGUGGAGACAGUUCAACCAGAGCCAGGGGCGCCACAAGAGCGCAGCUUUCCAUUCCAGAUAAUUUAUGAUGAAGGACCAUUGUAUAUUUUUGCCAGAAAUGAAGAUAUUCGAGCUCAGUGGAUUGAAAAGUUGAAACAGAUGGUGCGCUACAAUAAAGACCUGGUGCAGAAGUACCAUCCAUGUUUUUGGGUGGAUGGGAUGUGGCUGUGUUGUCAACAGGAAGUUAAACAAGCCAUGGGUUGCAAGGUGUUGAGCAGUAAAAAUGGUUUCACAUCUCAACGAAGAAAGUCUCGAGCCAAACCUCUUCCACCAACACCCACAGAGGAAAAACCAAGUCGACGUUUGCCCCCUGAGCCGUCAGAGCCUUUGGGACCUUCUGUGGGAAUGACAGUGAGAGCGGAGUAUGAUUACACCCCAGUAUCAGCGCAGGACCUGAAGCUAAACAAAGAUGGGGAGUACACGAUCCUCGAGAUGUCCGAUCCUAACUGGUGGAGGGCCAGAGACCAGUUUGGAAAUGAAGGAUAUAUACCCAGUAACUAUGUGGUGGAGGCAAAGACUGGCUUAGAGCAAUAUGACUGGUAUUGUAAGAAUAUGAACCGUAGCCAAGCAGAAGCCCUUUUAAAGUCUGAGAACAAAGAUGGUGGUUUCUUGGUACGAGACUCAAGCAAGGCCGGGAAGUACACUGUAUCUUUAUUCAGCAAGAGUGGCGGGGAAAUUAUUGGGAGCUGCAGGCAUUAUAACAUAUGCACCACGCCGCAGGGCCAGUUUUACCUGGCAGAGAAGCACAAUUUUAGCACUAUCCCAGAACUCAUCAAUUACCAUCAACACAAUGCAGCAGGUAUGGUAAGCAGACUCAAGUACAUUGUAUCCAACCGAACACGGCCACCUUCAACAGCAGGACUUGGCUAUGGUAUGUGGGAGAUCGACCCACGUUACUUGACCUUCAUAAAAGAGCUUGGUAAUGGUCAGUUUGGGGUGGUAAAAUAUGGCAAACUGCGAGGCCAGCAUGACGUAGCCAUAAAAAUGAUUAAAGAGGGUUCUAUGUCCGAAGAUGAUUUUAUUGAGGAGGCCAAAAUAAUGAUGAAGCUACGUCACGAAAACCUGGUGCAGUUGUAUGGUGUGUGCACCAAACAAAGGCCCAUUUAUAUUGUGACCGAGUAUCUCUCCAAUGGCUGCCUGCUGACUUAUCUAAAGGAAGGAUUGACGCAGCAUCCAACAAUGGUUCAACUUUUGGAGAUGUGCAAGGACGUUACUGAGGGGAUGGCCUAUCUGGAAUCCAAACAGUACAUUCACAGGGACCUGGCUGCCAGGAACUGCUUGGUGGAUAGCAAUGGUACUGUUAAAGUGACAGACUUUGGACUGUCAAGGUAUGUCUUAGACGAUGAGUACACAAGUUCAGUAGGCUCAAAGUUCCCAGUUCGCUGGUCUCCUCCUGAAGUGCUCCUCUACUGCAAGUUCAGCAGCAAAUCAGACAUCUGGGCAUAUGGAGUGUUAAUGUGGGAGGUGUACACUUUGGGAAGACUUCCAUAUGAACGACUCAAUAACACUGAAAUAGUUGAUCAAGUAUCCCGUGGUCUGCGUCUCUACCGCCCCCAGCUGGCCAAUGAAAAAGUCUACAGCAUCAUGACUAGCUGCUGGCAGGAGAAAGCAGAUGAAAGACCCACAUUUCAAGAACUGUCUCUAAGUAUCCAGGACUUGCUGUAUGAGCUUCAAUAGAGUUCUGUUGUGAUCUUUUCAGCCUAGGCUUAUGUUUAUUUUUUUAUUAUUAUUUUUUUUUUUCAUGAAAACAAAGUGAAUUGAAUAUGUUAUUUUGUUAUGUGAAUAGUAUGUGAAUAUUUAAAGGUUAACUAUAUACAAUUAAUAUUAAAUGUUUCAACUUUGAUUAAGGGGCUGGAAAUAAAUGAAAAACAUCCAGAGU